AUGGCUUUGAAGCGCAUCAACAAGGAGUUGACUGACUUGGCCAGCGACCCACCCUCCUCAUGCAGCGCUGGCCCGAUCGGAGAUGACCUGUUUCAUUGGCAAGCGACCAUAAUGGGUCCCGGCGAUUCUCCAUACUCCGGCGGCGUCUUCUUCCUCGCGAUUCACUUCCCAACAGACUACCCAUUCAAGCCGCCAAAGGUCAACUUCACCACCCGCAUCUACCACCCCAACAUCAACUCCAACGGCAGUAUCUGUUUGGAUAUCCUGAGAGACCAGUGGAGCCCGGCGUUGACGAUUAGCAAAGUCCUCCUCUCGAUCUGCUCCAUGCUCACAGAUCCCAACCCAGACGACCCUCUCGUCCCAGAAAUCGCACACGUCUACAAGACCGACCGUUCCAGAUACGAGGCUACUGCACGCGAGUGGACUCGGAAGUACGCCAUCUAG